GACGCCUCACAACAAGGAAGUCUGAUAGUGGGAUGUGUUCAUCUGUCAAAACAGCAUCCUAGCAGACAUGGACACCCUGCAGUAUCUAAACGCUUUUAUCUCUGAGCGGCUGGCUGCGGCGGCUGUGGAGAUUUUCGGGGCGGUGGAGAAAACGUUUACAGAUUAUCAGGGAGAAAUUAGCCGAUCCAAGCAGGAGAUAGAUCACCUGAGAACACUGGUGCUCUGUCCUCAAAUCAGAUUACACAGAUCAGCUCAACAGGUCAGCCUUCACUACUGUGAUGAGGAGGUUUCCCCUGUAAGCUGCCAUGAGGAGGACGUCUGGGCCCCAGAUGUGAGUCCAGAGCACCCGAGCACCCUGCACACUAAAGUCCAGAAGGCUGAUCAUCAGCGAGGGCCGUCCUGGAGGCAGCCAUGUGACACCACAGUGUCUCCUCAGUUUGUGAAAAGAGAACAUCAUGAGGAUUCACCCUCACACCUUUACAGAGUAUUAACUGUUGAACAGAUGGCAGAUAUCAAAUCUGAACCUGAUGGUGAUGAGUUUAUAACAUCUCCAUCAACCAGGGAGGCUGGUGAGAAGCCAGAGUCUUCUGGACUUCAGCAACUGAAAGAUCCACUUGAGAUCACUCAUCAUGAGCAGGAUGAGUCUGAUGAGCAGCAGUACACUGAACAAGCCUGGAGCCCCUGCCAGGACCGCGAGGACCCUGAUCUUCCGUACAUCAAAGUGGAAAGGUUUACACCAUCUGCUCCUCUGGAAGAGACCGACCAUGACUGCAAACUCCCUCUUCAGUCAGAGAGGAGUGUUUGUGAUGAGGAAAAGAGUAGAGAUGGUGAAGGAGAAGGCUACGAACUGAACAGAGUCUCUCAGCCCUUCUACUCGGUAAAUCCAGACUGCCUCGCAUCUCAAAGUGAAUAUAGUUACAGUACAGAAGGUGUGGUGAAUGGAGAAUGGAUUAAAGUGCUCACACCAACAGGAACAAUACAAAAGAAAAGACAAAACUCCAAUUUGUGCUGUCAGGAAAGGGUAAGUGUUGAAACGGAAGAAGAAAUAAAUUAUUUCACCAGGGAGAGAAGACACACGUGUCCCAUCUGUGCAAAACGUUUUAAAGAGUCGAGCCAUUUGAAGGAUCAUGUGAGAAUCCACACAGGAGAGAAACCGUACCAGUGCAAGGAAUGCAGCAAGAACUUCAGACAGAGCGGAGCUUUGACUUUGCACAUGAGAAUCCACACAGGGGAGCGACCGUACCAGUGCACAGACUGUGGCCGGCGCUUCAACCGAAAGGGCGACAUGGAGACUCACAGGGUGACACAUACAGGGGAGAGACCCCAUCUGUGCAUGGUGUGUGGGAAAAGCUUCAAAAGGAAGAGCAACUUAAACACACAUCUAAAGACCCAUGCAGAAGACAAAAUGGAUUACACUCAACCACUAUGACUGUACAAAUAUUAUACUACUACUAUAUACUACGAAUACAUCCAUAUAGUACUCACUGGAAAACAUAGAUAAUAUGUUGACUGCAGUGCAUAAUACGGUUCUGUCCAUGGUUCACAAUUAAUUUCUCUAGGAGAAAGUAUAGAGAAACAUUUCUUGACUAACUGAAAUUAAUUUCAUUUUUUUAUCAUCCCAAGAGAUUUGUUUUUCUGCUUUGAAAUUUAUGGACAGUUCAAGUCUUAAAAGAUGGGGAGCAAAUUUUAACAUUAAAAUACAUUGUAUGAGAUCAUGUAAACUCUAGCUUUUACAAUUUAGUCCCACGUGGUCCAGCAAAUUAUGGAAGCAAAGCUCUAUUAAUUAAAUUUUUUUGAAUGUA